AUGACGGAGAAAGAGACACCCGCUGCAGCCCAUGUGGAGAGGGACGACACCCAAGUUCGAGGCGUGCCUAAUGCGGCCCUCGCCGAUGCCACGUACCGGCAGAAGCCGAAGCUGCUGACCCGGCGCAUGUUCAAGCUGUACUGGGCCCUCGCCAUAGCCACGCUGAAUUCCUGCAUCAACGGUUAUGACGGCUCCCUGAUGGGCUCGAUCAACAGCUACCCCCAGUAUCGGGCCUACUUUGGCUUCGAUCCCAAGGCAGGAACGCCGUCGACGGGUAUCGUGUACGCCAUCUACACCAUUGGCAACAUCGUCGGCUCGUUCUUUGCCGGUCCCUUUACCGAUUUCCGCGGACGUCGCGUGGGAAUGGCGCUCGGGGCACUCUUCAUCAUUGUCGGGACCAUCGUGCAGGCGACCUGCCACAAUCUCGGCGCAUUCAUGGGCGGCCGUUUCUUGCUCGGCUUCGGGGUUGCGACUUCGGCGACGGCAGGACCGGCCUAUGUCUCGGAGAUGGCCCAUCCAGCCUAUCGAGGGGCCAUGACGGGACUGUACAACGUCCUGUGGUUCGGAGGCGGUGUUCCAGGGACGUUUAUUCCGUGGAGGACGGCCCAAAUUCAGGGCACACAGAGCUGGCGGAUCCCGAUUUGGCUGCAGAUGGUUUUUUCCGGCUUGGUGCUUCUGUUCUGCUUUACCCUUCCUGAGUCCCCUCGCUGGCUCAUAUCGCGAGACAAGCACGAAGAAGCCCUGAAGGUGUUGGCUGAGUACCACGGUGAAGGCGAUCGAGACUCGCCCAUUGUGCAGCUCGAGUUCCGAGAAAUGCUAGAUGACAUUUCCAAGACCGGGUCCGACAAACGGUGGUGGGACUACCGUGAGCUUUUCAACACCCGCGAGACGCGGUAUCGCUCCAUGCUGGUGCUGUUUAUGGCCUUCUUUGGUCAAUGGACAGGCAACGGCCCCGUGUCGUACUACUAUCCCCAGAUGCUGCAGGCUGCCGGUGUGACGAGCCUGAAUACGCAGCUGCUUCUGCAGGGACUUCAGAACGUCGUUUCGCUCAUCGGGGCUGUUACGGGUGCGUUGCUGACGGACCGAGUCGGCCGCCGACCCCAGCUUCUGACCGCGACGAGUCUGAUUGUGGUCCUGUUUAUCAUCGUCAUCUCCUUGAACGCCACCAAUGUCGUCAACACACCGGACGGACCGGUGGCCAAGAGCGGCGUAGUGGCGCGCGCGCAAAUCGCCAUGAUCUUCAUCUUUGGGUUUGUCUACUCGGCGUCCUGGACUCCGAACCAAGCGAUGUAUCCGGUCGAGUGUCUCCGGUACGAGUCUCGUGCGAAGGGGAUGGGAAUGAACAACUUCUUCGUCAACAUCGCCUCUUUCUACAACACCUUCGUCACUGGAAUCGCCUUCACGGGCGCGGGGUGGAAGUACUACUUCCUGUUCAUCUUCUGGGACAUCUUUGAGGUGCUGAUCAUCUACUUCCUCUUUGUGGAGACGAGCAAGCGGACUCUGGAGGAAUUGACCGAGAUCUUCCGGUCCAAGAACCCUGUCAAGGCGUCGCUCAAGAAGACGGAGAUUGUGGUGCAUGGAGGCCAGGUUACUGAGGUGCUGCGGAAAGAGGAGCCAUAG